AGAUCGUUUCUCUUCUCUAACUGUCUUUCAAAAAUCUUGAUCCUUUUCUUCUUUCUUUUUUCUUUUUACAAAAUGAAAAAGGAAAGCUGGCAGCAUAAUAAUAGUUUAUAGUUUGUUAAUUAGUUUAUGUCCAAAACUCUUGUAAUUAUAUUACAUCAACAGCCAACACUGCAUUUCCUUUCUUUGAACACUAAUUACAGUCUUCUUGUUAUAUCCAGUUCUUAAUCAUGAUCAUGAUCAUGUGAGUGAAACUUUUUAAGCCAGCAAGAGAGCUAAAAAAACAAGAAAAUCCCAGUCGACUGACAAAGCUAUACAAGAUGUUGGCAUAUUUUUCUUGGUACACUUUUAGCAGAUGAGAACCAGCUCUUGAAGUUUCUAAAUUUGUUCUGUUAGCAUCAUUUUCCAAGUUUCUGCAUUUGUUGAUUAUUUGGGAUUUUGUUCCGUCCAGCUGCUAUAUUGGAAUCUGGCUUUUUUAACUUAAUGCGCAUCUAUACUUCUUUGAAGGGUCAAGUUCCUGUCACAUUAUCUUCAUUUUGAGAAGCAAAAAUUAGUUCCUGUUGGUGGGUUUUAUCACUUACAUGCGUUUGAGCAAUUUGGAGGUAUAUAUUUACUGAUUGCAAAGCAUGGCUGGUGGUAGAAGAAAGAAGCAGCAUUUUAGCAGAAUCCAUGCCUUCUCCUGUGGAAAGGCAUCUUUCAAAGGAGACCAUUCUCUUAUAGGAGGACCUGGUUUCUCAAGAGUAGUGUACUGCAAUGAUCCUGAAUGUUUUGAGGCUGGUUUGCAUAGUUAUGACAGCAAUUAUAUUAGAACUACCAAGUAUACCCUUGCAACAUUCUUCCCCAAAUCGUUGUUUGAGCAGUUCAGGCGUGUCGCCAAUUUUUAUUUCCUUAUCUGCGCAAUACUGUCUUUCACGCCAUUGUCUCCUUACUCUGCUGUCAGUAAUGUUGUUCCUCUGCUUGUUGUUAUUGGGGCUACAAUGGGGAAAGAGGUGCUUGAAGAUUGGAAGAGAAAAAGACAGGAUAUUGAAGUGAACAAUCGUAAGGUUAAAGUGCAUAGUGGUGAUGGUGAUUUUCUACCUACUAAAUGGAUGGAUUUGAAAGUUGGCGACAUAGUAAAGGUGGAAAAGGAUGAGUUUUUUCCAGCUGAUCUUAUCUUACUUUCAUCAAGUUAUGACGAAGGAAUUUGCUAUGUUGAGACCAUGAAUCUUGAUGGAGAAACCAAUUUGAAACUGAAACAAGCAUUGGAUGCAACUUCAAAUCUUCAAGAGGACUCUAGCUUUCACGAUUUCAAGUCUUUAAUAAGAUGUGAAGAUCCAAAUGCGAAUUUAUACUCUUUCAUAGGCAGUUUCGAGCUUGGAGAGCAACAGUAUCCUCUUUCACCUCAGCAGCUUCUUCUAAGAGACUCAAAGUUACGGAACACAUAUUUUAUUUAUGGAGUUGUUAUUUUCACGGGUCAUGACACAAAGGUUAUGCAAAAUUCAACUGCACCCCCUUCCAAGAGAAGCAAAAUUGAGAGGAGAACGGACAAAGUUAUAUACCUCUUAUUCUUUAUCUUGGUUUUAAUGUCUUUUAUUGGAUCAAUUUUCUUUGGAAUUGCAACAAGGGAAGACAUUGAAAAUGGGAAGAUGAAAAGGUGGUAUCUGAGACCAGAUCAUACUACAGUUUAUUAUGAUCCAAAGAGAGCACCUGCUGCUGCUAUUUUGCAUUUUUUGACUGCCCUUAUGUUGUACAGCUAUUUGAUUCCCAUUUCCUUGUAUGUGUCAAUAGAAAUUGUUAAAGUUCUUCAGAGCAUUUUCAUCAACCAAGAUCUGCAUAUGUAUUUUGAGGAAGGUGAUAAGCCAGCACGAGCACGUACCUCGAAUUUGAAUGAAGAACUUGGCCAAGUUGACACUAUCCUUUCUGAUAAGACAGGAACAUUGACUUGCAACUCGAUGGAACUUAUCAAGUUUUCUGUUGCUGGGACUUCCUAUGGCCGUGGCAUAACUGAAGUUGAGAAAGCUAUGGCUAGGAGAAAGGGUUCACCAUUACCUCAAGAGGAGAUAGAAGGUGACACUGAUGUUGAGGAACAAACUGAACAAACAAUAUCCACAAAAGGGUACAAUUUUGUGGAUGAAAGAAUUAGUGAUGGCCAUUGGGUAAAUGAACCUUGUGCAGAUGUAAUCCAAAAAUUUCUAAGAUUACUGGCUAUCUGCCACACUGCAAUACCUGAAAGUGAUGAAGAAACUGGAAGAAUAUCAUAUGAAGCUGAGUCACCAGAUGAGGCAGCUUUUGUGAUUGCAGCAAGAGAACUUGGCUUUGAGUUUUUUGAAAGGACACAAGCAAGCAUCUCAUUGCUUGAGUUAGAUCCAGUAACAGGCCAAAAAGUCACGAGAUAUUAUCAACUUUUGAAUGUUAUUGAGUUUACUAGCUCCAGAAAGCGGAUGUCUGUGAUUGUAAGAGAUGAGGGGGGAAAGCUGUUACUACUUUGUAAAGGUGCUGACAGCAUCAUGUUUGAAAGACUUGCAAAGAAUGGAAGAGAGUUUGAAGGGAAAACAAAAGAGCACAUUAGUGAGUAUGCUGAUGCUGGUUUGAGGACUUUGGUUCUUGCAUAUCGUGAACUUGAUGAGGAAGAAUACAAUGAGUUCAGUCAGGAGUUUAAUGAGGCCAAGAGCUUAUUAAGUGCAGACCGUGAGGAAACGAUUGAGGAAGUAGCUGCGAGAAUUGAGAGGGAUUUGAUUCUUCUUGGUGCUACAGCAGUUGAAGACAAACUUCAACAAGGAGUUCCUGAAUGUAUUGACAAGCUUGCCCAAGCUGGCAUUAAAAUAUGGGUUUUGACUGGUGAUAAGAUGGAGACUGCAAUUAAUAUUGGUUUCGCCUGUAGUUUGCUUAGACAAGGAAUGAAACAAGUAAUUAUCAGUUCAGAGACUUCAGAAAAUAAAACCCUGCAGAAAAUGGAGGACAAGGAUGCUGCUGAUGUGGCUUCCAAGGCAAGUGUCCUCCGUCAAAUAAAUGAAGGAAAGGCAUUGCUCGGUGCAUCAAGUGAAAGUCUCGAGGCAUUGGCAUUGAUCAUUGAUGGGAAUUCACUUGCUUAUGCCCUUCAGGAUGAUGUCAAGGACGAAUUUUUAGAGCUUGCCAUUGGCUGUGCAUCUGUCAUUUGCUGCCGUUCAUCUCCUAAGCAGAAGGCUCUUGUUACAAGACUAGUUAAAACAAAAACAGGUAGUACAACAUUAGCAAUCGGUGAUGGGGCAAAUGAUGUCGGAAUGCUUCAGGAAGCAGAUAUUGGUGUUGGUAUCAGUGGGGUUGAAGGAAUGCAGGCAGUCAUGUCGAGUGACUUUGCAAUUGCACAAUUCCGAUAUUUGGAGCGCUUGCUACUUGUUCAUGGACACUGGUGUUACAGAAGGAUCUCAUCAAUGAUAUGCUAUUUCUUUUACAAGAACAUUGCCUUUGGCUUCACUCUCUUCUUCUAUGAGGCAUAUGCAUCAUUCUCAGGCCAAGCUGCAUACAAUGAUUGGUUCUUGUCUCUUUACAAUGUUUUCUUCACAUCACUUCCUGUGAUUGCCCUGGGAGUAUUCGAUCAGGAUGUAUCUGCACGCUAUUGCCUGAAGUUCCCACUAUUAUACCAAGAAGGAGUUCAGAAUGUCCUGUUUAGCUGGCAGCAAAUCAUUGGCUGGGUAUUUAAUGGUAUAUUGAGUGCUACUCUAAUCUUUUUCUUUUGCAUUUCUGCAAUGGAGAAUCAAGCCUUUUACAAAGGUGGAAAAGUUGCUGACCUAGAGAUCCUCGGGGCAACUAUGUACACAUGCAUUGUUUGUGUGGUGAACUGCCAAAUGGCGCUAUCUAUCAAUUAUUUCACUUACAUACAGCAUCUCUUCAUCUGGGGUGGCAUCAUAUUCUGGUAUCUAUUCCUCUUGGCGUAUGGAGCAAUGGAUCCUUACAUAUCAACUACUGCCUAUAAGGUCUUCAUUGAAGCCUGUGCACCUGCCCCAUCUUAUUGGCUCAUCACUUUCUUUGUGUUGAUCUCCUCACUCCUACCAUAUUUUGCUUACUCGGCUAUCCAAAUGCGAUUUUUCCCCUUGUAUCAUCAGAUGAUACUAUGGAUAAGAAAUGAUGGGCAAACAGAAGACCCUGAGUACUGUAAUGUGAUACGGCAGAGAUCAUUACGGCAUACAACCGUGGGUUAUACAGCCCGAUUUUCGAAGCGCGAGAGACAUUAGGACCAUGGCUCAAAUGUUUUGGACAAAUUCUUGUCAGCAAUAUGCUUGUAAUUGUAUAUUCUUUUGUGAAGGAAAACUUCUUCUCCACUGUACAUAUGUGACACAGAUAGCAGUUGAUUAGCUGUGCUGCUUCACAAGGAAGAUCUGCAAAUUGACGUCACUGGAGAUUUGAUGCAGCCAAAACUCCCAAGCACCUCAGAUAUAGGAGAUUUUUUUGUUUCAGGAAGCACCAAAGCUGUAUUGUUAAUAUUUCUGCCACUUCGGAUUUUAUACUUGUACUUGUAUUCUAAUCAUAAGGGCGGCGAGGUUGCUCCUUAAUGACCAAAAGGUCGCAGUUUUUUUGUGUUGUUGGAAACAACUUGUUAAUAUUCAUAUACAGUGGGGAAUCUCAUGCAUUGGGACGCCCAGUUGUAUUCUGUUCAGAUGUGUACAAUAGUACAUAUAUUUCUAGCAUGGAAAAUCUUAAAUUUUAUAGGAACAUAAGUGAUCAUUUCUUCUGUUCUCAUUGUAUCUCAUCAAUGUUAGUAAUAAUAAAAUAAAAUAAAAAAUUAUUUGA